AUGAUGGUGGCGAUGGUGGUUCAGGUCAGCUAUGUGUUCUCCUUGUUGCCUCCGGUGCGGCGAGGCGUGGAGGAAGCUUGGUUGAUCUUUUUGUUGGUUGUGCUGGUGGUUUGUGCCAGCCAUGAGAUCUCCUUGUGGUCGAGGGAUGGAGACUUUGAAAUCUCCUUGUUGCCGUUGGUUGGUGCCAGUUCUUGGACUGGGUCCAUGGGUCCAUGGACUUGA